UUAGUUGACAGUUCAGCUGUCAUUGGUGCUACAGCCGGGUAUUUCUAUAGGAUUGUGCUGAAAAAUGUUACGUCUCCGCAACACAUUGCACCGGAUUGUGCAACAAAAUUGCAGCAAAAAGUUCGAAUAUGUGAAUGGAAAAUGUAUACGUGCUACCAGCACUAGUGCCGGACGUGACAGUCAAUCCUCAGCAAAAACCACUACUGAUGGUUCGUUUGCCAGUGAAGAUGCUGUUGACCAACAACGGCGCACUGGGGCAGGUGUUAAGAUGGCACCAGAUGCAGGGAAAUUGCGUGCACGUUUCCCAUUAGUGAAGAAUUUCUUUGUUGGUGUGGUUGAUAAUGAAAUGCUUGGCUAUCCCGAGGUUGUGCAACGUGAAGAAAUGGCUCGUAUUGAAAACGAAAAAUUACCACUUACAAAUUUCUUCAAAGAUCAAGUGAACAAUGCGAUAAUUGAUCGCACGCGCCAAAUACCUGCAGAUGUUGUUGAUUCAGUACGGCAAUUGGGUUUAUAUGGUAUUAAUGUGCCGGCAGAUUUUGACGGCAAAGGUUUAGGUUGGACCACCAGUUUAAUGCUUUCAGAGCCAGAGUCAAAUUGCGCUAAUGUAUCGCUGGGCCUGUUAUCACAUCGCAUAAUCAUCGAUUUGCUAAAAGAAGUUGGUAGUACCGAACAACAGCAGCGAUUUUUACCAAAAUUAGUAAAUGGUUCACAAGUUGGUGUUGAAGCAAUAUUCGAGUACGAUAUAGCAGAAAAUGAACUUUUCAAUACAACCGCCGAAUAUCAUGCGGAAACUAACGAGUGGUUGCUGUCUGGCAAAAAGGCAUUCGCAGUAACUGGUCCAUUUGCUACAACCAAUGCUGCGCCACUCUUUUUGGUGAUCGCUCAAACGCGUCGCCUAAACGUUAAAGGCGAUGCCGGACGCAGUACCACAAUUUUCUUAGUGGACAGUAACACAGCAGGUGUUAAAUUAGGAGAACAACAUUUGACAAUCGGCUGCAGAGGUUUAGAAAUACGACGUGUGGAAUUUGACCAAGUGCAUAUACCAGCCAGUUGUGUAGUCGGUGCUGCAAACGAAGGCAAUGAAGUAGCAGAAGUAUUGCUGCGCAGUAGCCGCUUGCGAAAUGCGGCGAUGGGACUGGGUAUGGCCAAGCAGUUGGUUAACGACUUGACAGCAUACUGCAUCGACAAUCGACAGUGCAAUGUGCCGCUUAAGGAUAUGGAAAUGUUGCAGAUGCAUUUGUCGGAGGCGUCUUGUGCCACAUAUGCUAUUGAAAGUAUGAUAUAUAUGACAGCUGGCAUACUGGAUGAAUUUGCCUCGCCAGAUGUGGCGUUAGAAGCAGCAAUCACUAAAUAUUAUAGUCUUAAGCAACUGUUCAAAAUUGCUGGUAAAUGUAUGGACAUUAUUGGGCCAAAAUCACUACUUUCUGGUCAGGAAACAGAGGUGCUAUUCCGCGAUGCUGCACAACUAUACACACAUGGCGAAUCAAUGGACACGCUGCGCUUAUACAUCGCUCUAGCUGGCUUACAGCACGCAGGCGGUCUACUUCAAGACACAGUACGCAUGCAACGCAAUCCACUGUUCCACCCCGGUCACAUAUUGAGCAAAUUCCUGCAAAGUUCUAACAUUGAUAAUCCAAAGACCAAAUUGCGUUUGAAUGAACAUGUGCAUCCCUCUUUGGAACCCGCCGCGCAAAGUGUAGAACAGUCAGUGGCACGUCUGCAGAUGUGCGUUGAGUUGCUGCUAACACGUUAUGGCAACGCUGUGGUGGAGAAACAUCAUGACAUGCACCGUUUGGCCGAUAUUACAGCCACAAUCUAUGCAAUGUUUGCAAGUUUAUCGCGUGCCUCACGCUCCUACUGCAUAGGCCUGCAGUUGGCCGACUAUGAGUUGGUGCUGGCCUCCGCCGUGUGUACGCAUGGUCGUGAUAAAGUGCACACAUUAGCCACGGAAAUCUUCAAUGGACAGUAUGUGAAUAACGAUAGUAAUUUGCAACGUUUGGCCAAGCAAGUCAUACAAAGCAAAGGCUAUUUCCCCGUGCAUCCGCUUACUUUUAAUUUCUAAGUGAAGCAAUGCAGCAGUGUGAAAAUAAAAGUACUGUUUAAUGUGCAUGUUAACAAUUAAAUGUAGUUGUAAAUAUUUUGUUGAAGAUUUGAUUUGAAAAGUGGACGAAAAAAAUUAAAUAAAAGUAUUUCAUAAAUGCUUGAGAAA